AUGUUCCUGACGUCCUUGAUGGGCGAAGCCAAGAUUGAGACCAAGAAGCUGACCAGCUUGAAUGCCGCUACGCACCAGCCGGCCAUUAGUGACCCCGACAGAGCCCUGCACUACAAAUUGGUCCUGGCAGGAGGGCCGAAGCAGACCUCGAAAGAGCUUCUGGAUGAGGCUGACUUGUGGUGGGCUUCAAGAGGCACCCGCCAGGCCGGAACAGCGCGGGCAGCUAUGGGGCUAGGCCUCUUGAACGCGCCAUGUGUUCCAUCCAUGGUAAACUAUAAGGAGCUCUGGGUGCCAACGGAGGGACAGCUGUCUUUGCUGGAGGAAGUCUGUGAGACGAUGCUUUACAAGAAGGACGAGAACGAUGAGCUGCUGGGCGAUUGGAAGGUUGGAGGAGGAUAUCGUAACUGGGACUUCUCUUGGGAGACCUUGAAGAAAGCUCUCGGUUUGGUUGCCUCUCCAUAA